AAAGGGAUAUCAACUAAAAAGAAAAGAAAACAUAGUGAUUAAAAUAUUCAAAAUUCCACCAAAAUGGCAAUUCUGAUCUCUUUACAUCCUGUCACUAAAUCAAAUUUGGUGACCUGUAUUUCACUUCCAUCUGCCUUUACUUUGGACCUUCACACAACGCGUCAGUCUGGUGUGACGAGUCGCAAUACUGCUGCAUAGAAGACUACACUAAUCAUUGCUAAUUUCUCACCUUGCCAUAGCAAAUUUAUGAGUUUACGAGAAUUACGGACUUGUUGGUCAUCGCACUAAAGAAAAAAUUGUGCCAAAUGUGCCACUAGAAGUCAGAAGAUAAUUAAUACCGUACUUCUCAAUACAUUGUUGUCUCACUGUUGUAGGCAUUUCCCCACAAGAGCGUGAACAGAGAUAGAGUUACCAUACUCUUUUCGUUAUGUCGCAAGCUACAGAUGCAGUUGGAUGUCGUCGCAUCAAAGAUAAAUGAAAUCACAAAAGGUGAAAAGCGAAGCGAAGAAUCUUGUCAGGAAGACCAGACGGCUUUAGAAGGGCAGGGUCAGUUCUAUGACACGGUCAGACAACUGGAUUCGUCGCAAGAUAACAUCAUUCUUUCACCUGAUGGUGAAACGGACCACACGGAGACUCGUACGUAUUCCUCUGCUCUUGAUCAACUGGAUGCCAAGCCAGGUGAAUACGCCGCCCACUUAUUAGACGUUGCACAGGCUCGCACAAUGAAGAAAGAAGAUCUGGCUACUCCAGAAAACAAUGUGCCUGCGCUAAGUCAAAUAGGACAUGAAGACAAAUUGGUGUGUUCAAAUGAUUCUGCUCCGUUGGAUCGUGAAGAGCGCGAAAUGGUUCCUUCUUCAGCUGAGCAAGUUGACCAUGAAGCGGCUGAAUCCAACACCCACAAAAUUAACCUCGGAUUAACUGAAGAGACUUCAUUGACUGAUCUUGAAGAGGGCAACAUCGUGACAUCAACUCUAACAGGGAGUAAUGAGGGGUCGUCUUCAUACUUUGCAGGCAACACGGAAUGUAAUGAGAUUGAUGAAGAGCACUCACUCGAUAGACUAAAAGAUCACGAUACCGGCGUAGUAAAGUAUUCUUCCCCUGGUGAAGGAGAUCUUCAAGGGGAAAGCGAAGUGCUGUCACCUGUUACUCAGGAGGAAUCGCGAAACGAAACUGAGGCCAUUGCAUUUGAGGCUCAAAUGGGUCAGGACAUGGUGGUACCUGCAGAGUCACCUGCAACUGAUGUAGUAUCUCUGGAAUCUCAACUUACUGGAGAAGUUCCUAGUGGGGAUGGAUCGGCGGAAGAAACCUUGCAUGUGAGCGUACCGGAGAUCAUUGUGAGUAGCCCAGUCCCCACAGAUGAUGAAGGUAGCGAUGCAGGGUCUACUUUUGAAGGUGAUGCGAGCGACGUGCAAAGGGAAGUUGAAGACAGUGAGAUGGUGCGGCAGAGCAUUGACGACAAGCAAUCUGGAGUUGAUUCAUCCCGGGAGGUGUCAAGCUCUUGUCAAGAAAACAAAGGUCAUACAUGUGACAUAGAUACAUACACUGAUCAAACGAAAGAAAACACUUCCAUCAAACAGGAAGGUGGCAUCUCUAGAAAAUACCUUGAAAAUAAGCUCUUGCCUUUUAGAAGCACAGCAGACUUCUCGCCUUCUAAAGAGACAAGUAUUAGCGAAAAACCUGGUAAAGAUCCGACAGUUACCGACCAAUCAGGUUGCACUGUGUCCUCGGAAAGCGUGCAUGUACCUAACUUGGGGGAGAGAGCCAGUAGCUUGCUGUCACAGCUCAGGUCAGAAAUCGCCAGUAUGAAGACAGCUCGACUGAGCAAUGCCUCUCCAAUCCAAGCUGCUGCUAGCGAUGACGAUGCUACCGAGAUGUCACAGCAACGUGACACGUCUCAACCAGCACCACAAGAGCGUGACUCAUCUCAACCAGGACCUGUUCCCGCUGUAACGUAUCGUCUUCCAUUGUUCGAAGACGUGGACAGCGCAUGUUCGUCUUUCUCUCUGGAUGACUUUUUGUCCGACCCUGUUACUGAGGAAGCUUUAAAUUCCGCUUCAGAAACUAAUCAUGCACAAGAAGGUGCUGGUGAUUAUUGAUCAGGUCGUGUUUCAUGUUGUUCGUUUGCGAUCUCCUAUCGUAAACUGCUGCUUGUAAGCCCCGCUGCUUACAGGCCCAUCUACCUGUAAGCCAAAAUAUACAUCCGGUUAUAAGGCCCCC